UAUAUAACAUCAGUUAAAACCCAAAAGACUAUUGUGUUCGACGUGCGCAAUGUUAAAAUUAUUUUUGUUAAUAUUUUCAUAUUGUAUAUUACAAAAUGAGAGCGCCAGAAUAUUGGCUGUGUUUCCAACGCCAUCUAUAAGUCACCAAGUGACAUUUAGACCUUUGACUCAAGAAUUAGUUAGAAGAGGACAUGAUGUAGUCGUCAUCACGCCAGAUCCUGCUUUCCUUAAUAGCGACAAACCUGAUAAUCUAACAGAAAUAGAUGUUCACGAUGUAUCUUAUAAACUAUGGACUGAGAAAGUUACGAAUGAAGCUGUUGCAUUCGGCGAUAAAGGCGGCUUGGUGAAACAACUUGACGUUAUUUUUGAUACAAUAGUACAAGUUUUUGAAACACAGAUGGCUUCAGAUGAAGUUCAGAAGAUUAUAAAGAAUGAAACGGGGCGGUUUGAUUUGUUACUAGUCGAAGCGUUUGUUCUACCAACAUUAGGGUUUUCGCAUAUUUUCAAAGUGCCAGUGAUACAAAUCAGUUCAUUCCUCCCACUUUAUUUUGAUUUACAUAAUGUUGGUGCACCUGACCAUCCUAUACUUUAUCCAACAUUUGGUAGUCAGAAACUUGACAAUUUGAGCAUCGUUGAAAGAAUAGAAGCGUUACUAGGCUACCUCUAUUUAGAUAUGGACAAAUAUGAAACUGUUUUAGAUGACGUUAAUAAAAGAGUUUUUGGUCCUAACGUUCCUCGUCUGAAGGAACUGUAUAAUAAUAUAGAUAUGUUAUUUCUGAAUACAUUUCCAAUGUGGGAUUCGAACCGCCCCGUGCCUCCCAACGUUAAGUAUGUAGGAGGAAUUCACAUAAACACACUGAAAGAACUACCGCAGGAUUUCAAAGCGUAUCUAGAUUCAUCCACUCAUGGCGUCAUCUACAUCAGCUUUGGAACCAACGUGAGCCCAUCCUCGCUGCCUCCAGAGAAAAUACAAGUCAUCACAAAUGUUUUGUCUCGCUUACCCUACGACGUUAUUUGGAAGUGGGACAAGGAAGAAUUACCCGGACGUCCAAAGAACGUCAAAAUUAUGAAGUGGGUGCCACAAUCUGAUCUUCUGAGACAUCCCAAAAUCAAAUUGUUCGUGACUCAAGGGGGUCUGCAGUCUACUGACGAAGCUAUUUCGGCUGGUGUACCACUCCUUGGUAUACCUAUGUUGGCUGACCAAUGGUAUAAUGUGGCCAUGUAUGAACGGCAUAGAAUCGGCAUAAAGGUAGACUUGGAUGAAGUUAGUGAAGAGAAGUUUAAAGAUGCAAUUGAUUCUCUCACCAAAGAUGAUACCUACAAACAAAACAUCAUGAGAUUCCGGUCUAUCCUAUCCGACCAGCCUCAAACUCCUCUCCAGCGCGCGGUCUGGUGGACGGAGUACACCCUCAGACAUGGAGGGGCAAAGCAUCUCCGAGCUCCAGCAGCCAACAUGCCCUGGACUACAUACUACCAACUGGACGUUCUAGUUGUUGUAAUGUUGGCAGCAAUGCCCGUGAUAUAUUUGAUGGUGAUGAUGAUAUCGGCUGUCAAAAUGCUGUACAACGCUAUGAUGGAGUUGGCAAAUAAAUAAGUAUUGUGAUUUGGUCAUUAAAUAAAUUCUUAAUUUGUG